AUGUCGAGAAGGAGGGAAGCACAAGAAGACAGAAGAGAUGGUACAUCGAAGCCGCCUUAUUCUUACGCGCAAUUAAUUGUACAAGCAAUAAUGUCCGAAUCUGAUAAACAGCUUACGCUAAGUGGCAUUUAUUCCUAUAUAACACGGAAUUACCCGUAUUACCGAACUGCGGAUAAGGGAUGGCAGAAUUCAAUUAGGCACAACUUGUCUCUUAAUAGAUACUUCUUAAAGGUCCCACGAUCUCCAGAUGAACCUGGGAAAGGUUCAUUUUGGAAGUUAGAUAGUAUGUCUGAGCAAAAGUUAAUGGAACAAGCAUUUAGAAGACGGAGACAGCGUGGUGUCCCGUCAUUUAGAUAUUCUUCAACGAGGUAUGUAUUGUCGGAAGUUUUCAUUCACUUAAAUUAUUGUGGAUGA